AUGGUAGCUUUCAGCAUCAUGAGUCCCAUCUGGAGCUCCAAGGCCUUAUUCCAGCGCAGCAAAGCCCGAAUCUUUAACACCAACGUGAAAGCAGUCCUCCUCGAUGGAUCCGAAACAUGGCGGGUUACCAACACCAUCACCAACAAGAUACAGACAUUUGUCAAUAAGUACAUGCGCCACAUUCUCAACAUCAUGUGGCCUGAGAAGAUUUCUAACACAGACCUAUGGAACAGAACCAACCAUAAUCCCGUCGGUCGGGACAUCAAGAAAAGAAAAUGGGGAUGGAUAGGUCACGCACUUAGAAAACCAGUCGACAACGUCACAAGGCAAGCACUAGACUGGAACCCACAGGGAAAAAGGAAAGUGGGACGGCCCAAACAGUCGUGGAGAAGGUCAGUCGAGGGCGAAGAACGCCGGGUUGACAUGGACCCAGCUCAAGAGAGUAGCCCAGAACAGAAGGACCUGGACUUUGCGGAUGACAUCGGCCUCCUUUCACACAAGCAACAGCAUGCACAGUCUAAGCUAACGCGGCCAGCGGAAGAGGCAGAGAAGACUGGCCUGAGAAUCAACACCAAGAAAACAGAGCUGAUGAGGAUGAAUAAUCGACAACAUCAGCCACUGCAACUACGGGGAGAAGAUCUGAUAGAAACCGACCGCUUUAUGUACCUAGGAAGUGUGGUCAACAUUGAUGGCGGCGCAGAUGAAGACGUUUAG